CGCUUCUCUCUUUCCGCCCUGCGCUGCGGCUGCGCUGUCAGUACCGUCUUCCAGGCCGGGGCUUCGCGUUUCCGACCCCCAGCUCCAGCAUGUGGCUCCGACGGCAGGGCUGCCUCAGGCCGGCAGGCUGUGGCGUGGAGGAGCUACGGCGCCGCCGGCGGGAGCGGGAGGCAGCACUGCGGAAGGCGCGGAGGGAGCAGCAGCUGAUCAGCAAGAGGCUGCUGAGAGACGACGCCCCGGAGGAAGGCGAAGGGGGAUGUGUGGCCGUGAUCCUUGGGCAAGCCGAGAUCCAGCAGUUCCUGCAGCUAGCCCAGCGGGGGACAGAGGAAAAGGAGAGAGGGCGGGCUCUGGUCAGCCUUCGUCGAGGCUUGCAGCACCCCGAGACGCAGCAGACCUUCAUCUGGCUGGAGGGCAGCAUGCGGACCCUGGUCGGGCUCCUGACCAGCAACCAGGCUCUGCUGCAGCUUGAGGCGGCUCGGUGCCUUCAUGAGCUCUCUCAUUCUGAGCAGUCUGCGGUGGCUGAGGCCUGCCUGCCAGCCACUUCCUACCUUCUCACCUACCUCUCCGGUCACAGCUCAGACUUUAUAUCCCCCCAUGUGACUGUGCUGGAAGCCCUUGGAUAUGCCUUGUCCCAGCUUCUGCAGGCUAAGGAAGCUCCAGAGAAGAUCAUCCCCUCUGUCCUCGGCUCCACUCUCCCACAACACAUGCUGCAACUGUUGCAACCUGGCCCAAAGCUGAACUUUGGGGUUGCUGUGGAGUUUGCCUGGUGCCUUCACUACAUCACCUGCAGCCAGGUCAACAAUGCCCUGCUCAUCACCCAUGGGGCUCUCUCCACUCUCGGGCUACUUCUGUUGGACUUGGCUGGGGCUGUCCAGAGAACUGAGGAUGCAGGACUGGAGCUGCUGGCAUGCCCUGUGCUUCGGUGUCUAAGCAACUUGUUAACAGAGGCAGCGGUGGGGGCUGUGGGAGAGCAGAUGCAGCUCAGAGAUGAGCGUGUUGUGGCAGCCUUAUUUAUCCUUCUGCAGUUCUUUCUCCAGAAACAGCCCAGCCUACUUCCUGAGGGCCUCUGGCUCCUUAACAACCUCACUGCAAACAGUCCCAGUUUCUGUACCUCCUUGCUCUCCCUGGAUCUGAUUGAGCCCCUCUUACAGUUGUUGCCAGUAUCUAAUGUGGUGAGCGUAUUGGUGCUCACAGUUCUUUGCAACGUUGCAGAGAAGGGUCCUGCUUACUGCCAGCAUCUGUGGCCAGGGCCUCUGCUCUGCUCCUUGCUGGGCACACUGGCCUUCUCUGACACUGAAGUAGUAGGCCAGAGUUUGGAGCUGCUGCAACUGCUGUUCCUCUAUCGGCCAGAGGCUGCCCAGGCCUUCCUACAGCAGUCAGGGCUGCAGGCCCUGGAAAGGCAUGAGAAGGAGGCACAGCUCCAGGAUCGUGUGCAUGCUCUCCAGCAGACAGCUCUUCACAGCUAAGCCUAAGCCAAGACCUUUGGACCCCAGCUCUUCUUUUACCCAGCAGUGUCCAUGCUGGAGGACCAGAGGGAACUCAGUGUGGCCUACUUAUUCUGGGGCCCUGGGAUCUCCUUUCUUUUUUUUUUUUUUUUUUGCUUCAGCAGCUAGUGGCCUUUGAUGGGACAGAAUAAAGUUUUAUUUUUAUAUUAAA